AUGAAAAGAGAAGACCUACCAGAUAUGGUAUCCAGAAUAGUCCAAGGACAAAGAAUUACAAUCAAACAUCGACUUAACCAAGGAGUACACCAACCAAGAUAUCCUAAAAGAAAAGCUGGAGACAAAAACUACAAAGACCUAGAGGUGCCAGAUGAUGAUGCCUUUUUGUAUUGUGAUGAGUGUAACAUGGAGUAUGCAGGAGACUGUCCAGUGCAUGGUCCUCUCAAUAUCAUACAAGAUGUGCAGGUUCCAGCUGAUGGUUCAGAUCCAGAGAGAGCAAGGAAAACCCUGCCUCCUUAUUUCAACAUUUAUACGUCACAAAUUCCUGAUGCAGGUCUUGGAGUUUGGGUCAUCAGACAACUCAAAAAUAGAACCAGGUUUGGACCUUACGAGGGAGAAAUUUCUACAGACACAGCCAAGGCACAUGAGUCUGGCUACAGUUGGCAGGUAUACAAAGAAGGUCAGCCCAGUCAUUUUGUAGAUGCUCAGGAUCCCUCCAUUGCCAACUGGAUGCGUUAUGUGAAUUGUGCAAGAACUGAGAGAGAACAAAAUCUUGUUGCAUUCCAGUACCAUGGUCAGAUAUAUUAUAAAACUAUCAAACCUAUACCUGAAGGCAAUGAACUCCUGGUGUGGUAUGGGGAUGCGUAUGCCAUGGAACUGGGAAUAGACAAAACCAAGCCAGAAAGCAACCUGGAUCUGCUCAGGAAGUUAAAUGUUGAGGUUUAUGAAUGUGACAUAUGCGGAAAGCUGUUUGCUGAUGAUGAAUAUUUGGUAAAACACCAGAAACACCAUCCAGACAUGACUGGGAGUAAGAAGUACAAAUGUGCAUUCUGUAACUACUCCACAAAUGAGUUAACUAAUCAUCAGAAACAUCUACUGACCCACACAGGUGAACAACCUCACAAGUGUGAAGUAUGUGGGAAAGGUUUCAGUAAGGAAUGUAAUUUGAUCACACACAAACGCAUCCACACAGGAGAAAAACCUUACAAGUGCACUGUAUGUGGGAAGAGGUUUAAUGUGAUGUCAAGUUUAUACAGACAUCAGAGGAUCCAUGACAACAGUGCAGUGUGUACAUGUACUGUGUGUGGUAAACAGUGUAGUUAUGCUGGUGACUUGAAGAGACACAUGAGAAUUCACACUGGAGAGAAACCUUACAAAUGUCAAUUCUGUGAUAAGAGGUUUAACAGAGAUUUCAUACUGAAGACACACAUGAGAAUUCACACUGGAGAAAAACCUUACAAAUGUCAAUUCUGUGAUAAGAGGUUUAAUAAUCUUUCCAGUCUAAAGAGACACAUGAGAAUCCACACUGGAGAGAAACCUUACAAAUGUCAAUUCUGUGAUAAGAGGUUUAAUCAGCUUCCCAGUCUGAAAGGACACUUGAGUGUCCACACUGGAGAAAAACCUUACAAAUGUCAGUACUGUGAUAGAGGAUUUAACUUUAAUUAUGAUAUGCAGAAACAUAUAAGAAAAGUUCAUCCUGAAGAUGCAUGUUGA